AUGAGACUCCGAAACAAGUAGAUACACCCAAGCAAGUUGAAACACCGAAACAAGAUGAGACUCCGAAACAAGUAGAUACACCCAAGCAAGUUGAAACACCGAAACAAGAUGAGCAACCAUCUACGAAAACAAUGUUACCUACUAUGACUGAGCCCGACGAAGUUAUUACCCCAACUCCUACUCCGACUCCAAUAAAUCCGAAUAAUAAAGAUGAUAAAAAACCAAUAACAAAAUAUACGACUUUUACAACAACAUUCACGACAGUUAUUCCUGGUACAACGAAGUUUGUAACAACAACAAACGAUCAGGGUGAACCUACAACCUUAGCUUCCUAUAUACCUCCGAGUACGGUGGUCGUCGUAAAGAAAGUGACAUCACCCAUGACUGAGCCAUCAGACAUUGCUCAAGACUAUGGCAAUAGUAAUUCUAUUAUUUUGAAUGGAAGCCAUGGAAUAUGGAGUAUUGCAAUAAGUUUAAUAAUCGGGACAUCAAGUUUCAUAUUCAUUACGCUUGUUUAA